AUGAAACGUAUGUUUCCAGUAUUUAAAGGUGGUUAUGGUGCUGAUAAUUUAACAGAAAUUCCAACUCCUUACAAAACUUUGCAUGAUAGAUUCUUGACUAUUGAAGAAUCUGAACCAUUUGGUCCAGUUGAUGCUGCUAAGAUUUUACAAUUGGAACCAGCCGAAACAACAUUAAAGAAAUUGACUGAAUUUAAUGUUGAAGAAACUGACGAGCAACAAACUGAAGAUAAGAAGGUUGAUGUUUUGUAUGGUAAGAAGAGAGAAGGUGAUAGAUCCACAUUUAAAUUUGUUGAAAAAACAGCGGGUACAUUUGGUCAUCGUUAUGGUGCUUCUAGAAGAGAUAGAAAGAAAGAUAGGGCUAUUGGUUUUGAUGCUUCUGGUAAGAUGAUUUAUCUUCACCCUGAACAGUAA